GAUCCAACGGCAGCAGAAGAAGCAGAUACAAUGUCGCUCAUACCAAGCUGGUUCGGCGGUCGUCGCAGCGACGUCUUUGACCCUUUCUCUCUCGACCUCUGGGACCCCUUCAAGGACUUCCCUUUCCCUUCCUCGUCCCUCUCCGCCUCUACUUUCCCUCAAGCUCUCCGGGAGAAUACCACUUUCGUGAACACGAGGAUCGACUGGAAGGAGACCCCGCAAGCCCACGUGUUCGAGGCGGAUCUCCCUGGGUUCAAGAAAGAGGAGGUGAAAGUCGAGAUCGAAGACAAUCGGGUGCUCCAGAUAAGCGGCGAGAGGAACGUGGAGAAGGAGGACAAGAAUGACACAUGGCACCGGGUGGAGAGAAGCAGCGGGAAGUUCAUGAGGAGGUUCAGGUUGCCUGAGAAUGCGAAGAUGGAUCAGGUCAAGGCCUCGAUGGAGAACGGAGUGCUCACCGUCACUGUGCCCAAGAUGGAGGAGAAGAAGCCUGAGGUCAAGGCCAUUGACAUCUCUGGUUGAAUUCAGCUUCUUGUGGUUGCCGGAAUGAAAGGUUUUCUGUCCGAUAAUGUUCGGCUUUCUUGUGAACAAGAAUAACUUUGGAUCUUUUUUCUUUCGUUAAUGUGUCAUGCAAGAAAUUGUAGGUUUUUGUGCGACUGUGUAAUCAAUGUGUCGUCUCUGUUUUUGAUGUUAUAUUCUAUUUUGGUCGGGCCACAGUGUGGCGCUUGAAUAUGAAUAAUCUUCGAUGAGUUUUGCAGUAUUUGCUCUCUGGUUUGCCUGAUCUGUAGUAGACUGAGCUAUUACACAUGGUACCGGAGCAGUACAAAAAGGGCCUUUGGCCUUUCUCCGGGGGCUAUCUGA